UGGAAAAGCAAAUGUACCAUCGUGCAGAAAUACGUCUGCCUCGAAAAAAGAAGGUUUGGGAGUCCUUCCACUCAAACACUUUCCGGAUAUUUGAUGAAACAUUGCCGGAGCGUCUUGAACCAACUAAUGUCUACCAGAACCAUAAAUAUCCCAGCAGAGACCUGCAAGAGUCUGAGGUGUUAAAGACCCACAAUAUUCCACAUCCUCACUAUGCCAAAUUCAUCAGGAAUAAUGUCAGAUUCCUUAAUGAUCCCAUUGCUUAUAUGGAGACACAGCAUACUAUGGCAGAACAGUUUAACUGGUGGUCAAACAGUUUUAGCCAUGAUGUGUCCAGAAAAGCCCCACACAGUAAAGCCAGCACACAGAGGAGUGACUUCCAGCCUAUUAGAGACGUUCUGCUUACCAGAGUACGAGAGGCGGACAGACCCUCGGCCACAGGGAUCAUUCCAGCUCUAUGUUCCCUUGAUCAGCUUUUUAAUGUCCAGAAUCAUUCUACAAGUCAAGAUCACAUGACCACGAUACCAAAGAAAGCGUCACAGAGCGUUCGUGUGGAGAGAUGGGGAAAUGACGGGGCCAAGCGCAUUCCACAGCAUGGAGGGGUCGCGUUUGCCCUCGGCAGGGACGGCAAACCUGCUGAACUGCUCUCAGCUGAACUUGGUUUCCACUCAGCAGAUGUGGGAGCACAGAGAGGCCCACUCCAUCCAGCAAGAGCACAGAGAUGAACAUUCCCAGAGACAGAGAGGAAUGCCUCUCAUUCGGGUGGGACUGCAGAGGAACUGAACUCUCAAAGGCUUUUUACACUACGCUUAACAGAACAUAAAUUCAUCAUUUGUGGCAUAAUGUUGAUUACCGCAAAAAUUAAUUUCAACUCGUCCCUCCUGUUCUUUUAAAAAAAUGGCAAAAAUCUGGGUUACAGUGAGGCACUUACUGCAGUGAAUUGUUACAAAGAAAGUAAUUUAAGUUUGGUAGGAAAAAUCGGUUAAACAUAUCAAGUGUGAAAAGCACAUCAGGGACAAUAGGGACUGAGGUCUAAGCAUGGCUAUAUCAGACUACAGUAACUGUCUCUGUUGUUGCAUUAAAAACACAUUCUGUAAUCCAGCGGUAAAUUGUCUCAUCAAUCUUAUAUGUCAACAGCUGUCAUUCCUUUUGAGUUGGAUCAUGUAAUCUGCAUCUCCAGUUCUGCAUUUUCCAGUUGUUGACUCACAUCUGUAGCUGCUUGAACCUUAAAGCCUCUUUAAAUCGCAGAUGACACACACGUGGUCAUAAUCAUUAUCAAUA